AUGCAGGCCAAGAAGCGGUACCUGCUUGUGUCUGUGGGGGCCGGUCUUCUCUUCCUCGUCUACCUGUGGGGUCUGCAAAUCGGGGAGUUCCAGCAACAGCCGUACCAAUAUCAGCAGUUUCCCCAGUACCCCCAAUACCACCAGCAGGAAUACCAGUACUACCACCAGAGCCAGGAGGUGUACCAGCCCCAGCCCGUGCCCCAGAGAAGCCCAUCCAGACCGCCCAGGCACUGGCAGGAGUCCACCCAGCUGCUGGAGCCGUACCUGGAGGGGGGAGAGCAAGAGGAGGACAGCCCUCAGCUCCACCACCAGCACACCUCGCCUCGUGAGCGCCGUGCGAUCCGCGACAACAUCUUCAAGAACAAGCGCUGCCGUAUGGAGACCUGCUUCGACGCCGCUCGCUGCCAGCCGGGCUUCAGGGUCUACAUCUACCCGCCGCAGAGAGGGGACGAGAUCUCAGAGACCUACCAGAAGAUCCUGACGUCCGUCGAGGAGUCUCGCUUCCACACCACGGACCCGACGCGGGCCUGUCUGUUCAUUCUGGCCGUGGACACGUUGGACAGGGACCAGCUCUCGGCCCAGUACGUCCAGAACGUCCGGCUCCGCAUCCAGAGCCUGCCGACGUGGAACGACGGAAGGAACCACCUCAUAUUCAACCUCUACUCGGGCACCUGGCCGGACUACACCGAGGAUCUGGGCUUCGAGGUGGGCCAGGCCAUGCUGGCCAAGGCCAGCGCGGACGUGGUCAACUUCCGACCCAACUUUGACAUCUCCAUCCCCCUCUUCUCCAAAGAUCACCCGCUGAAAGGAGGGGGCGUCGGUUAUCUGACGCUCAACGACGCACCGCCCUACAGGAAGUACCUGCUGGUUUUCAAAGGGAAACGCUAUCUAACGGGCAUCGGUUCGGAGACGAGGAACGCUCUGUAUCACAUCCACAAUGGGGACGACGUUAUUCUGCUGACCACAUGUAAACACGGCAAGGACUGGGAGAAGCACAAGGACUCCCGAUGCGACAGAGAUAACGAAGAAUACUCAAAGUUUGACUACCAGGAGCUGCUUCAUAACUCCAGUUUCUGCCUGGUGCCCCGGGGCCGACGUCUUGGAUCGUUCCGCUUUCUGGAGGCACUGCAGGCGGCUUGCAUCCCGGUCAUCCUGAGCAACGGCUGGGAGCUUCCCUUCUCCGAAGUCAUCGACUGGAGGAAAGCCGCCAUCAUCGGCGACGAGAGACUUCUGUUACAGGUUCCCUCCAUUACCCGAUCUGUGGGCCGUGACAGGAUCUUGGCUCUCCGCCAGCAGACCCAGUUCCUCUGGGAUGCCUACUUUUCUUCUGUAACCAAAAUCGUCUUAACCACUCUGGAGAUCAUCCAGGACCGUGUGGACUCCCAUGUGUCCAGAAACGGGUUGUUGUGGAAUUCUCUACCCGGUGGUCUCUAUGCACUCCCCCAGUACUCAUCUGACCCCGUGCAGUUCCCUUUUUACUAUGCCAUCCUGGGUAGGAGCCCGGCGCAGCAGUUCACGGCUGUGAUCCACACGGUUACUCCUCUGCAGCCCCAGAUCUCCCCCGUGGUGAAGCUCAUCAUCGCUAUAGCCAAGUCCAAGUUCUGUGCACAGAUCGUGGUUUUAUGGAACUGCGAUAAGCCUUUACCUCUGAGGAACAAGUGGCCCUCCACCAGCGUGCCUCUCACUGUCAUUGAAGGACAGACCAAGACGAUGAGCAGUCGUUUUGUCCCCCACGACGUCGUCCUCACUGACGCCAUCCUCAGUCUGGAUGAAGACUCGGUUCUCUCAACAAAUGAGGUGGAUUUUGCCUUUAUUGUAUGGCAAAGCUUUCCGGAGCGUAUCGUUGGUUAUCCAGCGAGGAGCCACUACUGGGACAGUUCCAGGUCCCGCUGGGGCUACACCUCCAAAUGGACCAAUGAAUACUCCAUGGUCCUUACGGGCGCCGCUUUCUACCACAGAUACUACCACUACCUGUUCACCCACUACGUCCCGGCCAGCCUGCUGACCAUGGUGGACCGCAUGGCCAAUUGCGAAGACAUCCUGAUGAACUUCCUGGUUUCAGCCGUCACCAAGCAGCCGCCAAUCAAAGUCACACAGAAGAAGCAGUACAAGGAAACCAUGAUGAGCCAGGGCUCCAAGUCCUCUCGGUGGGCCGACCCAGACCACUUCGCCCAGCGACAGAGCUGCAUGAAUGCCUUCAGCCGCUGGCUGGGCUUCAUGCCCCUGGUGCACUCCCAGAUGAGGCUGGACCCCGUGUUGUUCAGGGACCAAGUUUCCAUCCUGAGGAAGAAAUACAGGGACAUCGAGAGGCUGUGAUUGCGCAAGGAUACACACCAAAUCAUCGAGAGGCCGUGACCAGAAUGCACACACUGAAUGUGAACAUUUGUGAGGCUAUAAAGGAAAACUCACACGUGGACACUGGACAUAAAAAUGAUAAAACACGGAGGUACACAUAAGGCAUUCAACUGCAUAUUUCUAUAGGAGGGGAAAACAGAGAAUAUGUAUGCAGGGGUGAUACCAGAGAGUGACUGUGCACACCUGCCAGCUGUGACAAUACACAUGAAUAUGAAUGCAUGGAUACACAUGCAGCAACGACCUGGACACAUUCAAUACAGUCCUGACCACAGAAAUACAGUAUGUGUUGCAUGGUUUGAACAAGACACCUGUAUAAGGACCCGAAAAAACAUGUUGUGGUUGAGUAAAAAAAAAGAAAAAAGAAGAGAAUCUAAGAGCUAUGUUUAUUAUGGGAGGUUGUUGGAUGGAGAGGAGCAUACAGUUUAAUGUUGGACCGAUGGUUAAGAGAUUUAUGGGUUAUUAUGGGUUUUAUGGGUUAGGUUGUGUAAAGUAAAGACAUAAAGGACAAACUGUAGCUCCAGCUGCUACCCAGACACACCCAGAGACGAUGGCAGGAUGCCUCUUGUACACUGUUGUAGAUUUUCAACUGCAGCUCUUACCUGUAUGAAGCAAAUAGAAAAAUAAAAUAAA